AGCUCAGAGGAUCCAAUGUUCUCUUCUGGCCUCCUUGGCAGCUUUCAGAAAUGAAUGAGGAAAGACCAACAUAUGCAGAGCUGAAAUUAUCCUUGAAGAGUAAGAAGGACAAAAACCAGCCAACUCAGAAAAAUAGAGAAUAUCCAUGGCACAUAAGUGUUGUGAUCCUGGGAACAAUAUGUCUUUGUCUUCUGAUGUCAAGCACAGUUUUGGGAUAUCUGUUUUUUCAGGGCACUUCAAGGUUCAAAAUUCAAUGCGAGAAAGUUGCAAAUGAGAGUGCUGUCUCCUCAGUGGAAGUAGAUCCUUCAGGUUUACCACGUACUACAGGAAAAGGUUGCUACACAUGUCAAGGAAGAUGGUCUUGCUGUAGAAAAAAGUGUUACUACUUUUCAGAAGAAGAAAAGACAUGGGAUGAGAGUGAGGCAUCCUGCAGACUCCUGGGUUCUAAUCUCGCUAAGAUUGACAGCAGAGAGGAGCAGAACUUAAUUCAAUCACGAUUGAACUACAGCUAUUGGGUUGGACUACGUAAAAAAGGAGGUCGGUUCCAGUGGGUACACCAGAAAUACUCUCCAUCAUGCAUAAUGUUUUUAUACAUUGGAUACAGUUUACCCUUGUAUUAUUCAAAUGCUGAUUUAUCUGCCUUAAUCUUGUUUCAAUUGGACAUGGCAUUAUAA